GUUUGGGAUUUAAGAAAGAAAGUUAUUUCAUACGUUCUUAAAGGACAUCAAGAUACAAUUUCAGGUAUGAAAUUGAGUCCAGAUGGAUCAUAUUUGCUGUCUAAUGGCAUGGAUGACACAGUACGAAUUUGGGAUGUAAAACCAUUUUCACCUGGGAAUAGGCUUCUAAAGAUAUUUGAAG